AUGAGCAUCUUACUACGUUCCGUGAGAUCGUUGAUGUGUUUCUCCCCAAGGCGGUCUAAAGGUUCUUACAAGACCACGAUUAAUCAUCCGAAGUUUCCUUUCUCAAUUCAUCCAACACCCGGAUCGCGAUCAGCAGUUAAUGUAAGUAACAAAAGUGAAUAUUUUCAAAAACAAUGCAAAAUUGUUGAAAGACCCACGUUCAUUCUGCACGAUGGUCCUCCUUACGCAAAUGGGAAUUUACACGUGGGCCAUGCGUUGAACAAAUUCUUGAAAGAUGUGGCGAUUCGCUAUCACAUUCUCCGAGGCCAACGUGUAAACUUUGUUCCUGGGUGGGAUUGCCAUGGACUUCCGAUUGAGCUUAAAGCAAAAUUUGAAGUGGACUCUCCAUCUGCUACCAGUGCAAUAGCAUCACACUACAUUCAGUCACAAAAGGAAUCUUUCUCCUGUUGGGGUGUUCUUGGAGACUGGUCCCAUUUCUAUGCAACUAUGAAUCCUUCCUAUGAAGCGGAAGAACUGCAGGCUUUCUCCGCGUUGCACUCAAAAGUAAUUCUUUCAACUAUUCUUUUACCGACACUUGCUCCCUUAAGUUUCCUUUUAAUCUCUCACAAUUGUGUUUACAGAACUGCGUUGGCGGAAUCCGAAUUGGAGUACAACACAGAACACGUUAGUAAAUCACUUUACUUCAAGGUGCAUCUAAUAAAUGCUACUGGAAGACUUUUCCCUGUCGAUCAAGUGUAUGCUGUCAUUUGGACAACAACGCCAUGGACGCUUCCUGCAAAUGAAGCGCAGCUCAACUUCAUUCAUACGACUCGCUAUGAUGAUAUAGAGUUUCUCACUUUGAUUGACCUUUUUGAAUCAUCCGUUUCACUAAAUGAAAAAUUCGGGGCCGUUCCAUUCCGGAGCAUCUGCAAUGACUACUCCAUCCCAUUCAGUCAAGGAACAUCAAACAUCUUGUCCAGUACCCGACCACGGCCACAUUAUCCCGCAUCUGGUAUUGAGACUGCCGCUUCGGUUGUCAUGUCACUUCUGCGGCUAAGCCUUCGCGUGUUCUUUUUACCUAAUGACUCCUAG